AUGUUGGAGCACAAUGAUCAAGUCGAAGGGCUAUACAAUGGCUCCUACCUUCCUUCAAAUUUACAUGGAAUGUCCAGCGUGCAAUUUGCAGGAGCUCUCAGCCGCCUUGGCAAUGUCUCGAACACGUUGGGCUUUAUAUACGGCAUGCUUAGCUGGGAGAUUUUCAAGCGAGAAGAGGAAAGAGUGAUCCGAGAAGAGUCUCUUUCUUCUGUCCUUGCUGCGAAGAAGGUAAACCGACAGAUGUCAGAGCUUCUCAAGCACUCGGGCAAAGCAAAGGAUUGGGCUAGCGAUGGCCGAAAAGCCGCUAAAAUAGUCUUUGGGACUUUGGAGGGAUGCAGCAAAAUAGUCAGGUCAUUCGCCCUUUUCCUGCUCGGCAAUGUAUGCAGCCUUGACAACAUGCUCAAGAUUGCCCACUUCCCGAUCAUCCGGGAAAACUUUCAAAAGAGCUUUGCACAAAUUGUUGCUGAAAGAACACCGCAAUGGGAGGCCCUGGGGGCUAAAAAUUACAAGGUCUUUGACUAUGCUGAAUUUCUCAGACUUCGCGGCCCCCCCGCUGGAUCGUGA